AUGUCUUUGGGUCGGCUCCUACGGCGUGCCUCCUCCAAGGCCUCCGACCUCCUGACCUUUAACCCGGGGGGGGGCUCAUCGUUACGCUCGGGCCUGGAUGGCGAGAUCAUCUUCUCUAAAAAUAAUGUUUGCGUGCACCCUGCGGAGCCCCUGCCUGGCCUGGCCGAGCACCACCCAGGCUACCUCUGUGUCCACGUGGAGAAGGAUGAGAGCCUGGGCACCACUCUGAUCUUGACCUGGGUCCCCAACUCCCGCAUCCAGAGGCAGGAUGAAGAGGCGCUGCGAUACAUCACUCCGGAGAGCUCGCCUGUACGCAGGAACGCCCGCCGCAGAGGAAGACGACCUCACUCCCGUCCCCCAGCAGCCCAGGAGGAAGAUGAGGAUGAGGAGAAGAACAUAACCAGUAGCACCUCCACAGAGAGCCACAGCCUGGUGGUCGAAGCUGGAGUAGAUCCAUCCUCGCAGCAGCAGCAGCAGCAGCCCUCAGCUGGGGAGGAAGGCGAUGAGGGCUCCUGUGAGCUGUCGGAUGAAGUGAGCCGGGACAGCACUAUGGGUUCAGACUCGGACACCUUCUCCUCCCCCUUCUGCUUAUCCCCCGUUAGUGAAGCCCUCUGUGAAAGCAGCAGUUCCGUCUUUCUGGACAAUGAAAGCAGGGAGCUGUGCGAGGAAUCCAUGAACCACUCAGCCAGCUCUGCUUCAAGUCUGGACAGCCAUGCCCUGUCUGAGAGAGCCCAGUCACAGGGCAUGCGGUGGGAGGAGCAGCAGAAGCUCCUGGCUCUGGAGCAAUUGUGUGGAGUUUUCAGGGUCGACCUGGGUCACAUGAGGUCGCUGAGACUCUUCUUCAGCGACGAGGCCUGCACUAGUGGCCAGCUGGUGAUAGCUAGCAGAGAGAGCCAAUAUAAGAUCCUCCACUUCCAUCAUGCUGGCCUGGACAGCUGGCUGAGUCUUCAACAGUGGAAGUGCUGCAGAGAAACUCAGCUCAAAGACCAGGUGUCAGAUGAAAAGUCAUGCAUGCAGUUCUCCAUCCAGAGGCCCACGCUGCCAUCAGCCGAGACCCACCCAGAGGAGAGGCUUUAUCGAAGGCUGGAUGUCACCACUUGGCUACGUCACCUCAAUCAGAACGGACAAGUGGAGGAGGAGUAUAAGCUACGUAAGGCCAUCUUUUUCGGUGGUAUCGAUCCAUCCAUCCGUGGUGAGGUGUGGCCCUUCCUGCUGCACUACUACAGCUACGACUCCUCGUCUCAGGAAAGGGAGGCUUGGAGACUGCAAAAGCGCUCCCAGUAUCAUGACAUCCAGCAGAGGAGGUUGUCCAUGAGCCCGGAGGAGCACAGUGAGUUCUUGAGAAAGGUCCAGUUCACGGUGGAUAAGGACGUGGUGAGAACGGACCGCAGCAACCACUUCUUUAGAGGAGAGAAUAACCCGAAUGUGGAGAUCAUGAGGCGGAUUCUGCUCAACUAUGCAGUGUUUAAUCCUGACAUGGGCUACUGCCAGGGCAUGUCUGACCUGGUGGCCCCACUGCUCACUGAGAUCCAGGAUGAAAGCGACACCUUCUGGUGCUUUGUUGGCCUCAUGGAAAACACCAUCUUCAUCAUCCCGCGGGAUGAAGACAUGGAGAGGCAGCUGAUGUACCUGCGGGAGCUGCUGCGCCUCAUGCUGCCACGUUUCCACCAGCACCUGACCAGGCUCGGAGAGGACGGCCUCCAACUGCUUUUUUGCCAUCGCUUCCUGCUCUGCUUUAAAAGAGAGUUCCCCGAUACUGAGGCACUGCGCAUGUGGGAGGCAUGCUGGGCACACUAUCAGACGGACUACUUCCACCUGUUCCUGUGUGUGGCCAUCAUUGUUCUCUAUGGGGACGAUGUGACCGAGCAGCAGCUCGCUACUGAUCAGAUGUUGCUGCACUUCAAUCUCUCCAUGCACAUGAAUGGAGAGCUGGUUCUGCGCAAGGCCCGCAGCCUUCUCUACCAGUUCCGCCUACUUCCCAGGAUCCCAUGCAGCCUUCACGACCUCUGUAAACUGUGCGGCCCGGGGAUGUGGGACAGCCGCUACAUCCCCACCGUGGAGUGUUCGGGUGAACAUCCAGACUCUCAGAGCUGCCCCUAUGGAGGCACCUCCACCCCCCAGCCCUCCUCACCCUCACCUUCCCCAUCAUCCACACCCACACCAAACCUCACCCCCACACCUCCACUGGAUGAAGUCUUUCCACUUCACCUUUAAAAUGAUGACAACACUCAAGAAUCAGUCCACGUGAAUGUAUUUGUUUUCUUUUCUUUUUCUCACUCGACAACUGAAGUGUUGAAUUCUUUGGUGUGUGUGUGGUGUGUGUGUGUGUGUGUGUGUGUGUGUGUGUGUGUGUGUGUGUGUGUGUGUGUGUGUGUGUGUGUGUGUGUGUGUACGUGCAGAACGGAAUGACUGCUAACAUCUGGUGAGGUCGUAGAAUGCCCUUCGACCAGUUUAGCAGCAGCCACCCUGCAGAAAACCUGGUAGAUAAAUUCUAAAGACAAGCCAGCCGUUUUAGGAGUUAGGCUUUGUGCAGGGAUGUGUGGGGAUCUAAAUCAGACUUAAAGGCAAGCUCCACUUGGAAAACUUCCCUGGGAGAUUUGAGUGACAUCGCUCUAAGUGAAAACAUCUUUAAAUUGUUGCUAAAACGUAACAUUAAGAACUUCAAUCAGUAUUUCUCCACUGCCUCCACUCUGUAGUUCCCCCUUCUCUCAAGCAAGCAGUCUCUGUAAAUGACAUAUUAGUGAUCAUGUGCAGCUGUUUGCUGCAAAUGCCUGCAGAGUUUUGAAGAUGGGAAGGCUGCAGUGAAAUGAGCAAAGUCAGAAAUAUGGAAAAGAAACAGUCUGCGUGUGUGUGUGUGUGUGAGUGUGUGUGUGUGUGUGUCUGCGUGUGUGUGUGCGUAUGUAAGAGAGAGAGAGCUCAUGAAUUGUAUUAGCAUUGGAAUCACAUUUGUUUACACAGACACUACAAGUCACAAGCUUGAUUAAUGAACACUCCUAUUUCCAGGGGUUUAUGAAUUGUGCUCACGAAUGUACAGCUCUAUGAUAUGUUGAUGCAUUAUUGUACACAUCACAGGGAAAAAAGAGCCUAUUCUUAUCAUUGGUAUCA